UCCAUUUUUCUCAGCUUGGACGUUCCCUUCUCACGGAGAACUACAAGCUUUACAAUUAACUCCAAUAGCAUUUCAUUUUCCUAUUAUUCCACUCUCAUCUCUAACAAUGCGGUCCCUUAAUUCCCCCGCCGCCGUGGACCUCAAAUCCCUUAUCCGUACAGCGGGCACAACCCGGGUCGGGUCGGGUCAUCGGUCCAUCCAGUGCAACGUCAAUUCCAGCACUAAUCAGGCGACCGGCGUUAGCUUCGGGUCGGGCCGGGCCCGAUACGAGUGGCAGAGCGCCUGCGCAAUCCUGGCCAGCAAAGUGGAAUCGCAGCAGCAGGACACUCAGAAGAGCGGCGCCGACGUCGUCAACGGCCACGCCACGCUCGACCUCGUCCCCGUCAAGGACCAAUCCACCUUGAAGAAGCCGCUCAGCAUCGCCGAUUUCUCGCCGGCGCCGCUGCACGGCGCGCAGCUCCGCGUCGCCUACCAAGGCGUCCCCGGCGCCUACAGCGAGGCCGCCGCCGGGAAAGCCUACCCUAACUGCGAGGCCAUUCCUUGUGACCAAUUCGAGGUGGCUUUCCAAGCCGUGGAGCUCUGGCUCGCCGAUCGCGCCGUGCUGCCGGUGGAGAACUCCCUCGGCGGCUCGAUCCACCGGAAUUACGACCUCCUCCUCCGCCACCGCCUCCACAUCGUCGGCGAGGUGCAGCUCCCCGUCCACCACUGCCUCCUCGCCCUCCCCGGCGUCAGGAAGGAGUACCUCACGCGCGUGAUUAGCCAUCCGCAGGCGCUCUCCCAAUGCGAGCACACGCUCACCAAAUUGGGGCUGAAUGUCGUCCGCGAGGCCGUCGACGACACCGCCGGCGCCGCGGAGUACAUCGCCACCAACAACCUCCGCGACACGGCGGCGAUCGCGUCGGCGCGCGCGGCGGAGCUGUACGGGAUGCAGAUCCUCGCCGACGGGAUCCAGGACGACAGCGGCAACGUCACCAGAUUCGUGAUGCUGGCGCGCGAGCCGAUCAUUCCGCGGACAGAUCGGCCGUUCAAAACGAGCAUCGUGUUCGCGCACGAGAAGGGGACCAGCGUGCUUUUCAAGGUGCUCUCCGCCUUCGCCUUCCGCAACAUCAGCCUCACGAAGAUCGAGUCGCGGCCGCACCGCCACCGCCCGAUCCGCCUCGUCGACGACGCCAACGUCGGCACCGCCAAGCACUUCGAGUACAUGUUCUACAUCGAUUUCGAGGCCUCCAUGGCCGACGUGAGGGCGCAGAAUGCCCUCGCCGAGGUACAGGAGUUCACCUCCUUCCUCAGAGUGCUCGGCAGCUACCCUAUGGACAUGACGCCGUGGUCGCCGUCGUCGUCCGCCGCCGAUGAUUAGGACAUUCCCGAUUUGCCCUUCGUGCAUCUGUUUUCGUUUUUUUUAUUUCUGUGUCAUUGUUGAUUGGAACUCUUACUUUUGCCAAAUUACGGAAAUGCCCCUGGAGAAGGACCCAAAUUGUUAGAUACGUACGUAUAAGUCAUAACGACCAUUCAAAUUGCAUUGGGUAGGUAAAGAUUGUAUAUUUUGGUUGGCCUGCUGGUUAAAUAUGUAAUUUCGGCCCCUUGAAGUUGUGGGACCUUACUUGUAUUAAUAAUUUUAUGAAAUUAGUUUGUGUAAUCUA